AAAAAAGAAAGGGGAAAACCAGAGACACUCAGGGACAGAGACGCGGAGGCCUAAGGGAUAACCAGUGAGAAGAGACCCAGAGAAAGAACAGAGACAAAGGAAGGCAAAACAUAAAGACCUCUUGAGAAACAAGGAUCAAAAUAAAGUCGGAGAUCCAGAAAGACAGAGAUCCCCAGACACAGAGAUCCUCAGAGGGACAGGCCUCAGAGAUAACCUGUAAGGAGAUACUCAAGAGAUACAUCCCCUACAGAGACUCAAAGCGAUGACACAAGCAGACACAGAGACUAUGAAGACAGAAAGAGGGAGAGGGAAAUAUGUGACUCCAAGAGAGAAAGAGAGAGAAGACACACCCAGAGACUCGGGAGACUCAGAGCACAGCUCCCCAGUGAGAGGCAGACAGGGUGUAGAGAAAGGCCCGGGACGCCGAGCCGCGGACAGCGCAGUGCAGUGGGGCUGGGGGAAGGCGGGCGCCCCGGCAGAGGGCGCCGGGCCGCCCUCCGCCCCGCAGGGGUCACGGCGACCCCUCCCCCGCGCCCUGGCGGGAUGGCCGGGCUAUUUUUACGCGCGGACACCGGACACCGGGCUGGGGAGGCGGCGGCGGCGGCGCCCGAGGAAGGGCCGCGCCGGGCCGGGCAUCGGGGCCACACGUCCGUCCGCGGGUCGCCGGGGCUACGCACGCCAUGGAGCCGCGGUGCCCGCCGCCGUGCGGCUGCUGCGAGCGGGUGGUGCUCAACGUGGCCGGGCUGCGCUUCGAGACGCGGGCGCGCACUCUGGGCCGCUUCCCGGACACGCUGCUCGGGGACCCGGUGCGCCGCAGCCGCUUCUACGACGGUGCGCGCCGCGAGUACUUCUUCGACCGGCAUCGGCCCAGCUUCGACGCCGUACUCUACUACUACCAGUCGGGUGGGCGGCUGAGGAGGCCGGCGCACGUGCCGCUCGACGUCUUCCUGGAGGAGGUGGCCUUCUACGGGCUGGGCGCGGCGGCGCUGGCGCGCCUGCGCGAGGACGAGGGCUGCCCGGUGCCGCCCGAGCGCCCCCUGCCCCGCCGUGCCUUCGCGCGCCAGCUCUGGCUGCUCUUCGAGUUCCCCGAGAGCUCACAGGCCGCGCGCGUCCUCGCCGUCGUGUCCGUGCUCGUCAUCCUCGUCUCCAUCGUAGUCUUCUGCCUCGAGACACUACCCGAUUUCCGCGACGACCGCGACAACCCGGGACUCGCUUCGGUGGCCGCAGCUGGUCCGUUCCCCGCUCGACUGAAUGGCUCCAGCCCCGUGCCUGGAACUGCAUCCCGCUUACCCUUCAACGACCCAUUCUUUGUGGUGGAGACACUGUGCAUCUGUUGGUUCUCCUUUGAGCUGCUGGUACGCUUGGUGGCCUGUCCGAGCAAGGCAGUCUUCUUCAAGAACGUGAUGAACCUCAUCGAUUUUGUGGCCAUCCUGCCCUACUUUGUGGCACUGGGCACUGAGCUGGCCCGACAGCGGGGUGUGGGUCAACCAGCCAUGUCACUGGCCAUCCUGCGGGUCAUCCGAUUGGUGCGUGUCUUCCGCAUCUUCAAGCUGUCCCGGCACUCGAAGGGCCUUCAGAUCUUGGGCCAGACACUUCGGGCCUCCAUGCGUGAGCUGGGCCUCCUCAUCUUCUUCCUCUUCAUUGGGGUGGUUCUCUUUUCCAGUGCAGUCUACUUUGCUGAAGUUGACCGAGUAGACUCCCAUUUCACCAGCAUCCCCGAGUCUUUCUGGUGGGCAGUGGUCACCAUGACCACGGUUGGCUAUGGCGACAUGGCACCUGUCACUGUGGGUGGCAAGAUAGUGGGCUCUCUGUGUGCCAUUGCUGGUGUGCUGACCAUUUCCUUGCCUGUACCAGUCAUUGUCUCCAACUUCAGCUACUUUUACCACCGGGAGACAGAGGGUGAAGAGGCCGGGAUGUACAGCCAUGUGGACACACAGCCCUGCGGCACGCUUGAGGGCAAGGCCAACGGGGGCUUGAUGGAUGGAGAAGUGCCUGAGCUGCCACCUCCACUCUGGGCGCCCCCUGGGAAACACCUGGUCACUGAAGUGUAAGGGAUAGUUGAGGUCUGCAGGACCUCACACCUCCUCCAAGGGAGGCAGGGAAGGUCGAGGGAAAAUAGCGGGAGGGGAUUGGGUUUAGGAAGAACUAGGUUAAGAGGUAACAAGUGGGGAACACUGAGUCUUGUUGGGUCUUGAGUUGUGUGAUUUGGUAGCUCCUGUGGGUACUCUGGUAGCAAAGAAUGGCAAGUGUGGGUGUUGAGCUGAGGGGGAGUGCCAUUGGUUCAUAUUGCAUUGAGUAGUGCACAGUUCCUGGGGCCUUUCGGGGCAGUGUUGAGAUAGGUUUGGUCCUGUCAUGCAGUGAGUUUCCUAGGUCCAUGUUGGGUUGGGUGGGAUUGGGUGCUAUGAGUAAGUCUUGUCCAACUGCAUUAUGCAGAUUCAUGUGCUCCCUGGGGUCAUGUUGGGUCAAGUCAGGUAGUCCCCUGUGGCACUGUUGAGGUCAAUUGUGUGGUCAUGCAUGGUGUUGUUGAAUUGUGUUGAGACAUGUUGAGAAUUGUGUGGUGUUGUAUUUCUUCUAGGACCAUGUUUUUUUAGGUUCUGUGAACUUGUGAGUCAUGUGAAAAUACGGAGUCAAGUAAUAGAAUAUGAGCUUUCUAGGUCAUGGUGUGUUAAGUUGGGCUGGAACCUAGGACUGAAUGCAUCUUUCAAGGGUUUUGUUAAGUUGUUGUAAAGCUAUGUGGCUGGAAGAUUCUGGUCCUGAGUUGAGCUGCACAGAGAUGUAUAACCAAGUGCAUCAAUAAGGCUGGUUCAAUUGGGUCUUAGGACUGUUGGAAUCUCACAGGGCCAUGCUGAGUUUUGUCAUUGUUGAGUCCUAUUGGAUUGGGGCAGACUAUAUGUAUAGAAUCCAUAGGGCAAUGUUAGGUUGUUUUGCAUUUAGUGGGAGCACCAGGACCUAAGGAUAACAGCACUUGGCAAGAGUCAUGUAUCCAGGAGGAAGCAUGGUGUUGUGGGUCCGGACAAUGGACUGAAACACUUGCCCAGUGUUACUCCCUGGAGGCAGGGACUGGAUCCUGCAUCCCUGGAUUCAGGCAUUCCUCCAAAGAGCCUCCAGGUAAAUUAGGAAAAUGGAAAUGCUCCUUCCGCUUACCCCAUAUCUAGUUCAUCUUGCUAUUCAAGCCCUAGCUCUGUCUGUCCUCUCUUGUGGUUUAGCAUGGAGACAUGGAAGUCAUAGCCAUGAGGGAAGAGAGAGACAGGGAGAAAGUUGUUUGCACUCUGUUCAGGCGUGAUGGCGGAACAAAAAGAAGGGGAAGACAGACACCCACAGUGAUAGGGGACAGAGACCCAGAGAGAGGGAGACAGAGACCCACAGAGAAGGCUCCUUGGUGAAAUAGAGACCCAGAGGAAAGGGGACAGGGACCCAGAAAGAAGUACAGAGACCAAGAGUAGGGCAUGGAGAUCUAGAGGGGGAUGUUAGGCACCCAGAGAGAGGGGGAAGACACCAGAAAUGGAGACAAACCACAGAGCAUCUGAGAAAGCAAGCCCCUCCUCCCCCCACCCAAAAGGCAGAAAAAUGGGGUACUCCUGACCCUAAAGAGAUGCCCAGUUUCUGUUCUCAGAAUCAUAAGAAGUCGCCUAUCAUCUGGCAGCUCAGGAAGGCUGUCAGACAGCCUGGAGGUCUCUGUUUUCCAGGAUAGGAACCUGAGUCAGAAGGGCAGGAACUUCCCAAGGUCACACAGCACAGCAGGAUGCAGGGGCUUAUGGCUGGGUGCGGGACUCCACAUGCUCCCAUAGUGUUCAGGGACUUCCUGAGGUCAGUAGCCUCAUGGCCUAUAGAUGAGGAAACUAAGACUCAGAAGGGAUGCUGUUACCCAAGGUGGCAAAGCCAAACAUUUUCAAAAGUCAGAAUGUAGGGCAUUUAGAGGAGGAGGAGGAGGAGGAUGGUUACAAUCACUAACGCAUAUAGGGCUUCCUAUGUGCCAGGCAUCGUUCAAGGUACUUUACUCAUAUUAAUUUAUUAAAACCUAUCCAGUGGUUUACA